CAUGAGCGCAGUGAGUAGACGAGAAAACCUGGUUUUGGGAUUGUUGGAUCGAGUACGAGGACGACGCAGAUAUUCAGCAGACAGUGCCACAACCAAGAUGGCGGUAACUUCGUUCUUCCUCCUUGGUUCGUACGUAAAUCGAUGCGUCAGUCGCGCGUAAAGUUGUGUUGACAUGAACUGUAGGAGUUGCCAGCGGAACAGCGGCAGCAAGCACCAUCGGAGCCGAAUGGAGUAAUCACAAGGAUAAUAUCCUAGACAGCGUCUUAUUUAGAAGCAUUGUUUCCACCGUUCCGACAGCGACGCCAUGGCAGACGACCAGUCCUCUCAAUCCUGGUCAAUCGAUAAGGAUGACUACGAACUCAAUGAGGUGAUAGGGAGCGGAGCCACUGCAGUUGUCCAGGCAGCGUACUGCAAGCCCAGGAAGGAGAAGGUGGCCAUCAAACGCAUCAACCUGGAAAAAUGUCAGACUAGCAUGGAUGAGCUCCUGAAAGAGAUCCAGGCAAUGAGCCAGUGCCACCAUCCGAACAUUGUGUCCUACUAUACCUCCUUUGUGGUGAAGGAUGAAUUGUGGCUGGUGAUGAAGCUGCUCAGUGGUGGCUCUGUCUUGGACAUCAUUAAACAUAUCAUCUCUCGUGGCGAGCACAGGACUGGAGUGUUGGAUGAGGCCAGUAUCGCCUCCAUCCUGAAAGAGGUCUUGGAGGGGCUUGAGUACCUACACAAAAAUGGGCAGAUUCAUCGGGAUCUAAAGGCUGGAAAUAUUCUUCUCGGGGAAGAUGGCUCAGUGCAAAUUGCUGACUUUGGUGUGAGUGCCUUUCUAGCAGCAGGAGGAGACAUGACUAGGAACAAGGUUCGGAAGACAUUUGUGGGGACGCCGUGCUGGAUGGCCCCAGAGGUCAUGGAGCAGGUCCGCGGCUAUGAUUUCAAAGCCGACAUCUGGAGUUUUGGGAUAACAGCCAUUGAACUUGCCACGGGGGCGGCACCAUAUCACAAGUACCCACCAAUGAAGGUGCUGAUGUUGACCUUGCAGAAUGACCCUCCCUGUCUGGAGACGGGCAUCACAGAUAAAGAAAUGGUGAAGAAGUACGGCAAGUCCCUCAGGAAGAUGAUCUCCCUGUGUUUACAGAAAGAUCCUGAAAAAAGGCCAACUGCUGCUGAAUUGCUGAAGCACAAAUUCUUCACAAAAGCUAAGAACAACGAGUACUUGCAGGAGAGGCUUCUACAGAAAGGUCCAACUAUAACAGAACGAUCAAAAAAGGUGCGUCGUGUGCCCGGGUCGAGUGGCCGUCUCCACAAGACAGAGGACGGUGGUUGGGAGUGGAGCGAUGAUGAGCUGGACGAGGAGAGUGAGGAGGGCAAAGCUGCUGUGGCAGCUCUGCGGUCACCCAGAGUGAAGGACGGGUCCCAGAAUCUGGAGCUUUUCCCACCAGCAGAUGGCUCCACAGCACAUCUGCAGCCACCCGCUGCAGCACAUGAGAGCCCUGCGAAUUUGGGCCAGACAGGAGAGGAGGCUCGACCACAGGCUUCAGCUCAGACAGCGAGCCCUUCACAUGCACCCACUGCUCAGUAUCCAGCUGCAGCCGAUGCCAGUAUUCCCAUCAGCCUCGUCCUGAGACUGAGGAAUCCCAAGAAGGAACUCAACGACAUCCGAUUUGAGUUCAUGCCUGGCAGAGACUCUGCUGAUGGAGUUUCUCAGGAGUUGGUUUCAGCAGGGCUGGUGGAUGGGAGGGACUUAGUCAUUGUUGCUGCCAAUUUGCAAAAGAUUGUUGAUGAUCCUCAUAGUAACAAAAAUUUGACUUUUAAGCUGGCAUCUGGUGUGGAGGAGUCUGAAAUUCCUGAUGAUGUUAAGCUGAUUGGAUUUGCUCAGCUCAGCAUCAGUUAAGUCAAGCAGAGCCAGCAACAAAGGACAGAAACUAAUGGUAUUGCACAGCUGCAUUGUAGUCAAUUCCAAUAAACCACUACUGCCAAAGAGAGGAGGAGGAAGAUGAUGAUGAUGAUGAUGGUGAGACAUGAAGCUGGCAGGAGUUUUACACUACUGCAGGAUGCAUGAUGACCACAUUGGGAAGAGGCUCAGUUCAUCACAGGAAUCACACUUGAAACGUUUACAGUGCGCUUAUACAGUAAAUGGGAGAAACAGAUGCAAUCAACUAUAUGAACUCCUAAUUUCUUUUUCUUUUGUUUUCUUCCUCUUCAUAAAUAAGCACAAUCCAAACCAUCUCCUGCCAGUACUGGAAGUGAUUGCCUUUUUCUUUCUCUUCCUUUUGAUUAACUGUGCCACAAAACUCACAAGAGUGUCGUGCCACCUUUAAAUGGCACUUUAUGCUACACUGAAAUUGAAAAGUGUAAAUUCAGCCUUAGUUCAUCCAACUAUAAAUUUAACUGGAGUGAUUGGUGAAAAAUUAUGUUUAUGUUUGAUUAUUUGGUGUAUCCUACGUACGCCUAUCUAGUAAAUCUUUAAAAAAAAUCACUUUUAAUGAUACAAAUACAUUAUAAACACACUGCAGCAUAGUUUUAGUUUAGUUCAUUCUGUAAAUUCAGAUGGAUUUUUACUUAAAAAAUUACCAGAUUACUGUAUAAGGCAGUGCAAUGAAUUCUCUACUCCACAGUAAGAGUGUGUGGUGGUUUUGUUAAAACAUAACCAAAGACUGCACCGUGAAGUCACUCAGAUAUACACAUAAAGCUGUAACUGCUCUGUCUCAUAACAGUAGUUACAAUACUUUGUUAGAUGGCGUUCUCCUGAGGUAUUGAGGGAAGUCUUAUUUCCACAGAUUGAGACCUUCCUAAUAUUCUUAUACUAUGCAAUAGUUAUUUUCUUUUCACCGUAUGUGACCAAUAGUUGUAAAUAAUAUUAUCCUUGGGUUGAAUAAAACCAAUUUUUGUGCUUGUACCUGAAAAGGAGUUCAUAAAGAGUCAACCAACAAAACAGGCAGCUUUAAGAACCUGCGGUGAGGAUUUAUUUUCAUUUUCACAAACAUAUUGAUAAAGUGAAAAGUUAACACACCAACAGACAGACACGGGUAAUUGCUUUUUUUCUAUGUCCCCUGUAAAAUCUAAUUUACUCGGCUUACAAUUAUUGAUAUUACAGCUGGGAAGAAUCCUGAAUGUUGGCGAUGAGUGUUGAGUCCGAGGCAGCUUGUGUUACAGGCUGACUGCUAAUGAACUUCUGUGGAGGUGUGCAUGCUCAAAAACUGAAAAUGUUCUACCAACGAGAAAUAAAGCUAAAAGGGCCAGUUCACCAAAAUUGCAAAAAUAGAUGGUUUCACUGGCAUAAGUGGCAUUUAGCCAUGCAGUUGGUUUGGUCUUAAUUGUCAAGGUUUUGAGAUACUUGUGUCUGAGAUUUCUGCCUCCACCCCAAUAAAAUAGAGAAAUUCAUAGAAAUUAAAUUUUUAGCUUUAGCUAGUGUCAAUGGGUCUGUCCACCAUUGUGGUCCACACGGAAAUAACCCCAGAACUAUUGGAUGUAUUGUAAUGAAAUUUGCUACAUAAAUUAAUUGUCCUUAAAGGAUGAAUCCUCCUGACUUUGGUGAUUCUGAAAUCUAGCUCUACCAUCACAUCAAAAUUUCAGUUUGUUCAAUACUUGUGUUUAUGACCAAAUGCCUGCAAAACUAAUGACAUUCCCAUCAGCCUGAGCUGUACUUUGUGUUUAUUUCUGAUUAGCAAAUGCUAAAACACUAAAAGAAAAAUAAAAAUAAAAAAAAGCACUGCUGUGCUAAAGCAUGGCCAACUAGCAUGGCUGUUGACUCUGUGUUGUUGGUGCUCUCAUCACUGAAAAUUAUAUUUGGGAAAAGUCAGAAACAACAUUUACUUCCACAGAUAAGUCAUGGAACCCACUGUGAACAGUUUUCACUGGAGGCACUGAAGAAGUAGUUUCUAAAAAAAUAAAAAAAUAAAUAAUGAUAGUGUGUUCUGUUGAGUAGGCACUGUUUGGAUAGGAAUGUUACCGCUGAAUUUUUAGCAACGCUAGCAGCAUGACUAUGGAUGGUGAUCCCCUGACUUUACCUCUAGUGCCUCCAUGAGUUUGACAUUUCAGUUUUUUGUGAAAUAUUUCAUAUUUCAUGAAAUUUGCUAUAGAUAUUCAUGGAUUCAUCAGGAUGAAUCCAUGAAUACUUGCAAAACUAAGCCUUAGGGGAACUUUGUGUUUAGUGCUAAUGACCAAUUGUAAGCGUGCUAAAAGAUUGAAUUAAGAUGGUGAACGUUUUUACACGUACUAAAAAUAAGCAUAUUAGCAUUGCCACUUUGAGCAACUCAGCAUGCUGACAUUGGCGUUUAGUUACAGCCGUUUAAGAACAGCUAGCAUGGCUGUAGAGGCUUUGUCUUAUUCAAAUUUAAGUUUUCUGUGCCGUAAACGUCAGAAACAAAAUUCCCUUCAUCUCCAUUGUAGUGGGGGGCAGCAGGAAUCACAGCAAAUAAAAUUAAAAACUGACUGCAUGGCUGGAUACCACUACAGGUAACUUCAUAUUUUGGGUGAAGUAACCCUUUAAACUUCUGCGGAAGCCAGUUAUUACUUUAGCUUUUUGUCAGUAGGCAAGUUCUUUUCACAGUACUGUAGUCUCUUUGCUUUAUAAACACUCACCAACAAAUCACCAUCGUCACUCCAGGCGUAGCUGUAUGGUUGUUUUGUACCACCUAAAAAGGGCUGUGAUAUAGCUCCUAGUUCAGGUACUGAUGUAAAUGGUGUAUGUAAAGACGUUGUAAAUGUACGUAUGAUGGCAACUCCAUGCACUGUCACACCAACAAGUUUGUAUGUAAUGAUGUAGAUGCAUUGACUGUUUAAAUGUACAUGUCAGAUAAAAGGAACAUUUUACUUGUAAAUAUUGAUUAAGGCAAACAGACUGAGACUCAUGUUCAGUACAUAGAGUUUAAUUUGUUUUGUAGUGUUUUCCAAUGUUGGCAUUUGUAAGAGCAUCACUAAUCAUGCACAAAUUAUUUGUUCAAGUGGCACCUUAAUGAUAUGUUGACAUGCAUAUUUUUUGGAAUUACAUGGGGCUCUGUGCUUUGAUGUCAUGAUGGGCAGUUUUUCUCCGUGAGACCUGCCCAAGGCUGAUGGAUAAAAUGUUAUUUUAUCAAGACAGAUGGCAUAGGUUACACCUUUCUCUCUCCCGGUGUGUGUAUGUGUGUUAUUUUGGUGAUAAAAUGAUAGAUCAUCAAAAGCAUUGAGCUGGAAGUCACUUAGAUUUUCUAAAUUUCUUUCCCUUCAAUCGUUUACUCAUCAGAAAACCAUCAUUCUGCCUCUUCAUGGUAGCAAUGAAUGAUUAGUGUUAAUUUAAUCAGAUGAUUGGCAAGUACAUUUUUCUUUUUUUAACCUUUUUGUUUUUUGUUUUUUUUUACAGAUCAUUACAUAUAUUUUUAAAUAUGCUUAAUCAUAAAAGGUGUACAUCCACAAAUGCAUAAUUUGAAGUGGAAUAUUUGUGAUAACAUACAAAAGAGAUUCCUUGAAAAAUUAUAUACAUUGUUGGAAAAUGUCCACACGUGCAAAAUGAUUUUUAGCUGAAUAAAGUCACU